CAAGUACAAUGUGAGCUCCCAGGAACUGGACUACUACAAGUCAAUGGCUUCGGCCAAGAUCCCUAUAACUUUGGCCAGCUAUCGGGAAAGGAUGCACCAAUUCUUGUAUGUGGAGGAAGAGGCUCAGCAGGAGCUGGUGGCCAGACUGAACCUUCAGGUACAAGGCACAUUAUCCUCCAAGGUGCAGACCUCAGCAAUGGGCAUGAAGUUUGAAGCACAAGGAAAAUCACAUGUCAAGGGACGAAUUCCUUGCUUUCUGACACCAGACACAGACCAGGGCUCCUUGCUAAGCAGGGCCGUUAGCACUGCCUAUGUGGCACCCAUCCCUGCCCCUGACAACCGUGUGUAUGAAGUUCAGGUGAAAGUCAAGACCACCUCAGAGCUAAGUGUGUGGCUGCUGUUGCCAGCCCAGUAUUGCUCUGCCUUGAGGCUUGAGGAUGGAGAUUCUCAGCUUAUGGAAAUCCAGUUCCAAAUUGACAGGAUGGUAUUUGGGAAGUGGCAUCAAGCCAUUGACGCACUUCACAAUGAGAGAGUGGUGGUACCUAACAUACCUGCCUGUUCUCUGCCUUCUUUGACGCCACCUACCCAGGAAAUCUUCUGUAAUGCUAAGCAGAAACAGGCCAUCUCCUAUAUCACAGGCACAGCCAGUGGGAAGAGACAAGUGUCUCCACUGCUCAUUUAUGGCCCAUUUGGGACAGGCAAGACGCACACACUAGCCUGGGCUGCACUGGAGGUGAUCAAACAGCCAAACACCAAGGUGUUGAUCUGUACCCACACUGACAGUGCUGCUGAUGUCUACAUCCAGGAGUAUUUUCAUGUCUAUGUCACAACUGGACACCCUGAGGCCAUGCCCCUGAGGGUCAAGAACAUUGAGAGCUCCUUCCAUGAGACAGACCCAACCACACUGCAGUACUGCUGCCUCUCAGAAGAUGGGUGCUCCUUCCGUUUCCCAACACAGGAUGAACUUGAACAGCACCCUAUUAUUGUCACUACUACCACCUCAUCCCACAACCUUCAUGUGCCACCUGGUUUUUUUUCCCACAUCCUCAUCGAUGAGGCUGCUCAGAUGUUAGAGUGUGAAGCCAUAAUGCCACUGGCUUAUGCUACCCUAGACACACGCAUUGCCCUGGCUGGGGACCACAUGCAAAGCACUCCCAAACUCUUCAGUGUGGGGGACAGGAAGUCUGCUGACCAUUCACUAUUCAAUCGGCUGUUCCAGUACUACCAACAAGAGACUCACCAAUUGGCCUCCCAGUGUAGGAUCAUCUUCCAUGAAAACUAUCAUACCACUAAAGCCAUCAUUCCCUUUGUGUUUCACAAUUUCUAUGGGGCCAGCAAAAUCCCCAUUGAGGAUAGUGGAAUCCCUGAACAUCCCUGGCAGUACCCGCUUAUGUUUUGCCAUGUGUUUGGCACUCCUGAGAAAGAUAUGUCAAUGGCAUCAUGGUUAAACAAGGCUGAAAUAGAGGAGGUCAUAAAGAGGGUACAGGAAUUCUAUCAAGGCUGGGUCUACCAAUGGGGCAGCCCUGAUCAGAAGCAAAUUUGUGUUGUGUCCCAUGGCUCUCAGGUAAAAAGACUGAAGGAGGAAUUGGGGAAGGAGCAACUGAGAGAAGUGGUGGUGGAGAAUUUUGAAAAUGUGCCAGGUCGUGAGUUCCGAGUAGUCAUCCUCAGCACAGUACAUACCCAGGACAGCCUGCUCAGCAACUCAGCCACCCACUUGGAAUUCUUCAAUGAGCCCCAGCUACUUAACACAGUGAUGACCAGGGCCCAAUCACAACUGGUUGUUGUGGGUGAUCUCACAGCCCUAUGUGCCUUUGGACAUUGCAGAGAGAUAUGGAAGAACUUUAUUCAAAAGACAUUUGAGCAAGGCAAUGUGCUUCCUACAUACCUCAAAAUGAAAGAUGUGGAGCAAAGUUCCUUGCUGCGUUUGGCUUGGCAAAACAGACUGACCCCUGGGACUGCAGCCAGGGAGAAUUUCUUAGAGAAAGAGGAUGACUACAACGUCAUUACCUCCCGAGUGUCUGACUCUGCACUCAGUGGUGAUGACCCUAUCCUGCAGGAAUUGCUGGAUGAAGGAAAGAAUGUGGCAGAGAUAGUACCUGAGAACUAGUGGGAUUGGCUGCUGGAUUUGAUAUUCUGUGAUCUACCUUCCCUCCAUAAUAACAGUAUUUAAGCUUUCCUAUGCCAGUGUUACAGAAAGACUUAGACAUCGAGCCCAAGAUAGAACCUAUAGGAGCUGUAAACUAAUUAAGUAGGCCUUACAUAUUACCAGAAACGUUUAGAUAAUGGCAGGGAAUUUAACUUUGUAAAUCUAGGGAUAAGACACAUAUAGCAUGUUAAAUUUAAGUUGUUACUAGGUUAUAACAUACUCAGAGUUAAAUUUAGUGGUCACUAAAUGCUGCUCUCAUACUCUCACAUAGGCAGCUUUGCUGGCCAAAUUUGUCCAGUGCAGCUACCACUACAGCCUCUUUGAGUUAGACUUAACCUGACCAUCUUGGCUACCUGAACCUUCAACAAUGGGAAGUGUCCAUGUGUACAAAUCCUGCUCAAUCGAAAGAGUUGGAUGUGCAUAAGCAAAAGUUUUUCUCUGGCCUCAGAACACCUAUUUGGAUGUCCCAAUAAUAUCUAAAUCAUGAAUACUCUGGAAACAUGUAUAAGAGAUAGGUUUGCAAUAAUAUGUAAACUAUAAAUACAGACAGGCUGGUUUUAUUUGGCUUCUAUUUUCCGGAAGAGCUAUAAUUCAGUUACUUUUCCUCAAGGAGUACUAUAUUUGCUUGCUCAGAGAUCUUCUUGGGGGCAAGGGUUGGCAUUUUGUACAUUUUUGUAUAUUGUGUCAUAUGUUAUUUUUACCAGU